CCUCUCUGGGGAGCGGUCUACCUUUGCAUAUGGGACGGUCAACUCUGCCCAAAACAGCAGAGUGUAGAAGAUGUCUGCAGAGCGGGGAUCAUCUCUGCGGGGUUUGUCGAAAACGGUGUCGACGAAUGUUAGAAGUACUCGGAUUUCUCUGCAACUCGCACACAGCAGCAAGGACUAUCUUGACGUUCUUAAAGACAUCGUAGUUGAAGCUUACAGCAGGCUCGUAGAAACUGCGCAAGACCAACAAGCUUGUAGAAAACGCAGCGGGAUGGAGGUGGAAAAUAUUUUUUUCAUGUCAUGGACCGCGCUUGAAAUUUACGGGUGCGUUAUACUCGCCCUAAUUGCACGACGAGCCUGGAUUCUAUACCUAGCAUUCCCUUUUUUAUUGAAGCAGAUAUUCUGGGUGGCAUUUAAAUGGAUACUAUACAUUAUCGAUGAUCCUAAACUAUUCGAAAACAUUGCAGUUACCAGAGGGUGGGCCCAAAAGAUUCUCCGAGAAGGCGAAAAGAUCCUUCUCCAAAAAAAUGCCACCAAGACAAUUAUGGCAAGCACGAUGUUGUACUCGGCACCUACGGGUAUAAGCUACGCCCGCGCAAUUCUCAGGUAUAGAAUGCACGAAAUGAAUACGAGAGUUGCGAGUACGAUGACAAAGGAUAGGCAUUCGGAGCGUUUAGAAACGAUUACAACGAGAAUCGGGAACGUGUCUCACUCGCUACGGCAACGACGAGGUGCGCUACGAAAACAGGACUUGAGGAAUUCUUCCGAUCUCAAUGGCCGAAACCUUGGGCAAUAAGGUUACAAGCGCAUUUUUAGCUGAACACGCUGGAACCAGAGUGAUUCUUGUCAGCAUCCAAACUUUUGUGUUGGCUACGAAACAAAGAGCGUCGAGAUGUCAAUGAAUUUUUAAGAUCGAUCCCAUUCCAAAGUUGGAAAAUAAUGCUCAUUUCUGUUGUAUUUAUGUUUUACGAAAAUGGCUUGACGAUGUUAAUGAAUGCAACAGCUUGUGAAGUCUCACGUCUAGAAUACCGCUGAAAUGGGGAAGUAUCUGAUCAAUGAGUCCGUAUCGGCCUUUUACUUAACUU